AUGACAUUCUUCUCGAACAAGCUCACUAUAUCCUUCGUCGUUUUGCUCGUUCUCUACACUCUGAGAUUCGCUGGUACAUUCCUCACCAGAUAUCGUGUAGCGCGACGUCUAUCCUGCCGUGAGCCACCAUCGCCACCUUCCAAGGACUGGCUUUUUGGGCUCGAUUUCGUGUAUCAGCAGAUUGUCAAUAUCCAGAAGGAUCGCCGGAAUGCCUCGACUCGCGAAUUGCAUGAACAAUAUGGACAUACUUUCCAAUCCAAAUUUUAUGGCAGCCGAAAGAUUCAUUCCGUGGAACCGCAGAAUGUCCAAGCUGUCAUGUCAACCGACUUCAAAAGCUGGGGAGUACAGCCGCUCAGGCUUUUCGCCUUUCAACCGCUGAUCGGGGUGGGCAUCAUGGGCACGGAUGGACAUGCGUGGGAGAAAAGUAGGGCUCUCCUGAAGCCCGCGUUUGCGAGAAAGGAAAUCUCAGAUCUUCCCGCUUUCAAUGUUCACGUCCAAAACCUGCUCAAUCAGAUACCCAAGGACGGUUCGACCGUGGACCUUCGCCCUCUCUUCACCCACAUGGCUCUAGAUGCUGCGACGGAGAUGCUGUUUGGCGAGAGUCUGAACAUGCUCGGAAACCCGACACCAAAGAACGAAAGCUGGUUGCGAUCGAUGAACUACGGUCAAAUGACGCUUGGAAAACGCAUGCAACUACCUCAAUGGAACAUCUUUACGCGCGAUGCCCGGUUCUGGAGUUCGUGCAAGACGGUGCAUGAUUUUGUUUCCGAGAAGGUUGACGCUGUGGCCAAGGACCCCGAGAAGUACUCCUUUGACGACAAGAACGUAGACGCACAUUACGUUCUCGCACACGAGCUUCUCAAGGAGACUUUGGACACCCAGACCAUUCGCAAUGAGCUUCUCAAUGUUUUCCUCCCAGCACACGAAGCGACCGGCGUCGCACUCACCAAUAUUUUCUUCAAUGUUGCUCGAUAUCCUCGCGUGUGGGAGAAACUGCGAAAAGAGACUCUGGCGCUCCCAGCAGGUCAAGACAUCACCUUUGAAUCCCUCAAGGGAAUGAAAUAUCUUCAAGCCGUCAUAGCAGAGUCUUUGCGACUAAAUCCAAGCAUCGGUACCACAUCCCGCAUUGCACUCCGCGACACCACGCUGCCCCGGGGUGGAGGCAUUGACGGUACCUCGCCCAUCUACGUCUGCAAAGGCGACAUCUUUUCGAUAUCUUUCUAUUCCCUUCAUCGCCGGAAAGAUCUUUUUGGCGAGGACGCAGAGACGUUCCGCCCAGAAAGGUGGGAAGAAGGUCUUAAGCCGGGUCAUUGGGCAUACCUACCGUUUUCAGGCGGCCCAAGAGUUUGCAUUGGACAGCAGAUGGCCAUUACACAAGCAGCAUACACGAUUGUGAGAUUCUUGCAGACUUUUGGGACAUUGGAAAAUAGAGACCCAGUUUGGGAGUUUCAAGAGAUGUACACGUUGAGCACGCAGAGUAGGAACGGGGCCAAGGUUGCGUUUGGUGCAGCGUAG